CGCAUUCCAUUAUGGCGGACAAAGCGACGUACUCUAGCAGACUACUUCUGUCACUGAUCGGUCACAAAUACUCACAACAAGUUAGUUUAUCAACACAGAUGACAACAAUAACAACCACAAAAUCUUCAGUCAAGUCAGAAUGAAAUAAGCACCAUGACUGACAACAAGAUGACAGCUGAAGUUACUUCAACAUUGCCUGGUGGCAGACCACCGGGAACUCCCAAAAGAAAGAAAAAGGGUGCACUUGCAAAACUUGCCGAGAGAAAACGACGUGCAUCGCUAGUUUCAGAAGCAGAAAGCAACUUAGGGUCAGUUCUGUCAGUGAAGGAGAAAGCUGUCAGUACAGAUGAAAAAGGUCACUCAAAGAGUUCUAGUGCAAGGAAUGAAGUGUUCACUUCUAAUGAAUCCAGAGAUGUUUAUAUAGAACCAGUAGUUGUUGUAAAACCCAACCUACCUGUUGGUGAUGAUGCUGCAAAACCCAAGCCUAAGCCAAGGAAAAUGCCUAAAAACAGUGAAGGUCGUGUGUCCCCAGUCGGAAUGGAGAUAGGUGAAAUGGCUUUGUCAGAUGAUGAUAAAGAUUGUUUGCAAGGAUCUCAAACUGAUGCAACUUUACACAGAUUCAGAAAUCUUAGAAUGGCUACUGAGAGAUCUGGGUCGGUUGAAUCUCUGAAAAGUAGCCCUUUUAUGCCCAAACCUCCUUCUACCCCUAAAAAGUCGGCCAGGGGAUCAUCAAAAGGAGAGAAACGGACCAGGGAUCCGAACUCCUCCGGGGAUGAACCAGAUCAAGGACAUAAGAGACUUGUUUACCAGGGUCUUGAAGAUUUAAAUGUGAAUGCAAAUGAUUCCAAUGGUGCUAAUAAUAUUGUUCAAGGUAGUUCUACAGACCAUUCACAAUUCCUAGACUCAGCUGUGCCAAAGUCAAGAAGAAAAAUAAGGGAACAUUUGAAUAAAGAAUUCGACAAUGCGGACUCUGCUUUUGGUGAUUCAGUAAGUGAACCAAAGGCAGAGGUGAUAAUGGGAUCUGUUUCUGAUCUGAAGGCUGUUUCUGAGAGUAUUGUCUCAAUGGAUGCCAAGGAAAAGUCCCUGACCCCUCGCUCAGCAAGACUGCCACCUUUGUCUCCAAAAACACGCCCCCCACCUCUGGGACAGAAUAUAUCCUCGAAAUCCUUAAGGACAACAUAUAAAUCUGAUCUGUAUCCAGAAAAGUUUAUGUCAUCUCAACAGAGCAACCUGGACUGUUUAUCCGAGAGAUCAUUUGCUUCUUCCAGUGUUAUGACAUCUAUUACCACACGACAAGCCAGGGAAAGGAACUUCCUGGUGGGCAACUCCAGCACCCACUCAUUGCUGGGCAGUGAGGAGCUAGAGCGGUACUUCCCCUCCAAGGAAGUCCAUGUCUGGGUCGGCACCUGGAACAUGAAUGAGAUCAAGACAGUUCCUGAUGACAUCAACGACUUCCUACUGCCGCAGACUUCCAUGUAUGUUCAGGACAUCUACUGUGUGUGUACCCAGGAGAAUGCCCUCAACAAGAGAGAGUGGGAGAUCAAGAUCCAGGAGACCCUGGGGCCAUCUCACGUCAUGUAUCACUCCGCAGCGCAUGGCGCACUCCACCUCGCAAUCUUCAUCCGCAGGGACCUCAUCUGGUUCUGUUCAGCUCCAGAGGAGGACUUUGUGACAACCCGUGCAAUGACGAUGGUGCGGACGAAGGGCAGCAUCGCUUGCUGCUUCUCUAUAUUUGGUUCCUCCUACCUCUUCCUCAACUGUCACUUUACAUCUGAUCUGAGCAAGAAGAAAGAGCGUCUGAAUGACUACAUGAAGAUAAUCCAAGGCAUUAAACUGCCCAAGUCUUCCUCUACGGGUACACCCAGAUCAGGGGAUGCUACAUCCAACUUCGACAGCGUCUUCUUCAGUGGCGACCUCAACUUCCGCAUCGAGAGGAAGAAGGCUGCAGUGGAGGGGAUGGUGGACCACAUCGAAGACCAGCAGUUUAAGAACUACGAGAACCUCCUGGGAGGAGACCAGCUGUCCAAGUUCAUGGUGGAAGGAAAAAUAUUUCAAGGUUUCCAAGAGGGAAGGAUAAAUUUUCAGCCGUCAUACAAGUUUGACAUCAAGACUGACCAGUAUGAUACAUCUAACAAAUCCAGGAUUCCCUCAUACACGGACCGUAUAUUGUUUCGGUGCAAGAAGAAGAACUGGGUCCAGUGUGUGCAGUAUGACUCUGUGAUGUCGGUCCGCCACUCCGACCACAAGCCAGUGUUUGGUGUCUACGAGACCUGCAUCAAGGCUGGGAAAGAAGGGGGUCACUUGUCAGGUGGACAGUUUGACAGAUCAGUGUACAUGGAGGGCAACAAGAAGCGAGCUAUGCACAUGGCCAAUGGAGAGAGGUCUCAGAAAGCCAGUUCAGUGUGCUCCAUACAGUGACAUGAAGAGACAGUGUCCUAGUUCUUGUACAACGAAGGUUCACACAUGUAGCUACACACAGACAGAACCGUUUUGGUACUUAAUACACAUGUAAAUCAGGAAGAAAUUAUCAUUAUCAUGGCAGAUUUCUUUUAUAAACUCAACAUGAUGUACAUGUUAUUUGUUGAAUCAGACUUGCCUCUUUCAGUUUUUGUUGCAUAAUAGUGCCUAUGUUAUACAGAUUGCAGGAGAUGUUUUUCUAAAAUGCCUCAGCACAAAGCGUCUGCAUCGUCUCAUUUACAUGCUGUCGUAUUGCAAAUAUGUGAACUAGGGCACUGUGUAUUUACCUGGGAAAUGGCUGUAAGAUUAGCUGUGAUAUUUUGUAGUAUAUUUUCAUAACUAUCCGUUUGUGAUCAGUAUGUUUGGCUAUGAUGACUGGUGAUGAAUUGUGCCAUGUGUAGGUAGUUGAAGGGGUGUUUGUUUGUUUGUUUGUUUGUUUGUUUGUUGUUUUACACCGCACUCAGCAAUAUUCCAGCUAUAUUACGGCGGUCUGUAAAUAAUCAAGUCUGGACCAGACAAUCCAGUGAUUGAUAUCAUG